CCAAGACCAUGUGAUCCUACUAUACCGCUUGUUAUCAAACCGGCCGGUCGUUCGUAUACGUAAAGGAGCACGUGGUGAUAUUCUCCGCGUCUCCGUUCACAAACUUUAUAAAAGGCCCUCGCUGUGCCGUGGAACAAACGCGCGAACCCACUCUUGUUAUUUCCACACACAACCACUCCCGCUAAAAGAAAAUGGCAGCUCCAAAAGAAGUCGGCGGCUACAAGCUGGGCAAGCUGAUCAUCGAGGGUAAAACGAAGCAGGUCUUCGAUCUCCCGGAACAGCCAGGACACUGCCUCCUGCUGAACAAGGACCGCAUCACCGCCGGAGACGGCGUGAAGGCUCAUGACUUGGAAGGCAAGGCUGCCAUCUCCAACCAGACCAAUGCUAAAGUCUUCGAGAUUCUUAAAGCUGCUGGUAUCAACACCGCAUUUGUCAAAAUCGCGUCGCCAACGGCGUUCGUGUCCAAAAAAUGCGACAUGAUCCCCAUAGAGUGGGUGACCAGACGCCUGGCCACCGGAUCGUUCCUCAAGAGGAACCCUGGAGUGCCUGAAGGCUUCAGGUUCACUCCUCCGAAGCAGGAGACCUUCUUCAAGGAUGAUGCUAACCACGACCCUCAGUGGUCUGAGGAACAGAUUGUUUCUGCUAACUUUAAGAUCAAUGGACUUACUAUUGGUCAGGAUGAGGUAGACUACAUGAGGAGGGCCACUAUCCUGGUGUUCGAGAUCUUGGAGAAGGCGUGGGCUCUCCGCGACUGCGCGCUCAUUGACAUGAAGAUUGAAUUCGGUGUUGACCCUGAAGGUAACAUCCUUUUGGCUGACGUCAUUGACUCCGACUCCUGGAGGCUGUGGCCCUCUGGAGACAAGAGGCUCAUGGUGGACAAACAGGUAUAUAGGAACCUGACCACAGUGACAGCAGCUGACCUGGACACGGUGAAGCGCAAUUUCGCCUGGGUGAAGGACCAGCUCGACCACUUGAAGCCGACUGUACACCACAAGGUGGUGGUCUUCAUGGGCUCCCCAGCUGAUCAGGAGCAUUGCCAGAAGAUCGCUAAAGCGGCCCGCGAGCUUGGCCUCGACGUAGACCUCCGCGUGACAUCAGCACACAAGGCCACAGAGGAAACUCUGCGCAUCAUGCAGCAGUACGAGGAUACUCAUGGAGCUCUCGUCUUCAUCGCUGUCGCUGGCCGCUCCAACGGGCUGGGCCCCGUACUGUCAGGCAAUACCUCGUACCCUGUGAUCAACUGCCCCCCUCCUUCUGAUAAAAUGGUCCAGGAUAUCUGGUCGUCACUCUCCGUGCCAUCCGGCCUUGGUUGCGCCACCGUGAUCUACCCCGACAGCGCCGCCCUCAUGGCUGCACAAAUCAUCGGCCUCCAAGACUACCUCGUGUGGGCUCGCCUUAGGGUCAAGCAACUGCACAUGGCCGCCGCUCUCAGACAAGCCGACAAGAAGCUCAGAAACCAAGUCUAAAUACUACUUUAUAAUCUGUUAAACUCGAAUACUAGUUUUUGUUAUUUUUCGUGCAGUAUUUUGGAAUGAAGUUCAUUUAUUUGUCAGAGGUUGCGCUGUUUUGUAUACGAUGUUGGUGUGUAAGAUAAAUGCUGCCGUUACAUUCCGUAUAUUUUUGUUUUGUAUAUUCUUAAUGUUGUAAUCAAUAAAAAAUAUUUUUGAAA